AUGGCACCUGAGGUGGUGGCUCAUGCGGUGGAUUGUCUUUUAAUGGCUGCUGGACGUCAAUCUAUUGAUGCCAUUAAAAAUGCUGCUGAAACAAUAACGACAGCCAUCGUUCAGGCCUACCAUAGAGAACAAGAGAAGGGAAAAGAGGAACAACGUCUGAAUAUUUUUAAUAUUACAGAAAGAGUUCAAGUACUUCGUUUGUUAAUUCCUAUGCCUCUAUCUCAUGUACUUUAUAUUCUCCAACGCAUUCAUGCCAGUUCUGAUUUCGGUUCCUCAGAACGUGGGAUCUCCACUACUUUGGUGAAUUUGUUAUUUUGCACGUUAACACUUUUUCGCUCUGUGGGAAAUGAUCUCAUAUUACUGCAGGAUUCUCUACAGAAAUCAGUUUAUUCAAAUGUUAAUGCCCAAAUGAAAGAAAAAGAAGAAAAAGAAAAAGAAGAACAGUUAUUAAUACUCUGGCAAAAGUAUUCUGAUCUUAAAGAAGAGUUAAUUGGCGUCUUUAGAGACUAUAUUUCCUUAAUUGCAUAUAAUGCGGAACAACAACUAUGGCAAUUAGAAGUUUCUGCAAUUCCUAUUGAAAGUAUUCAUCUUCCUGUAUUACACAUGGUCCCAUCUUCUACAACGAGUCUUUCUUCGCAUGAUGGUUGGAUAUGGUUAUUAGUGGAAUUAACAACAUGUGCAGUUUUUAUUCCAAAAACUAUCUUUUUAAAGGAAGUAGAUGAAAUCUAUUGGGUCACUCAAGUUUUACUUGAAAUGAAUCCAGAAGAUACGUUAAAUAGAGCCUUUGCCCAAAAAAUAACAGAUAUUAUUAUUGACAUUUAUAUAUUUUUACUUAAACACUGGAUGACACGUUUUCCAGGUCUUGCGGAAUCUAUUAAAUUAUGGAGUCAACGGGAUACAUUCUUAUCACUAUCUUCAAUGAUAUUAUUAGAUGAAGUAGAUAAAAAAGAUAUUACUAGCGAUGAUAGAAGUACCAAUAAUUUGAAGAAGAAGAAGAACCACCAGCAUGAUAAUAACUACAAAGAUGAGAUGACAAUUCCAGCGGAGAUAUGCAUUAUUCUUUAUGAUAUUGUACAUCAUCUCCCUAUGAUAUUUCGACAUGCCAGCCUGAUGUUAAAACUUAUUCGUUUACUUUCUCAGUUGUGUGUGGUGCGUUUAUUUUUCGUUGUUCAUCAUUAUUUUGGCAAAACAAUUGCUGCUGAUAAACUCUCGGUGGAUCUCUCUCUAUUGUUGAAGAUAGUCUCAGAGACUCUUUAUAUGUGUAAUGAUCACGCAACAUGUGCACUCUUACCAUCGGAGGCGAGUGUACCGUAUAUACAAAUGACUUUAUUUCAUAUUGCUGCAUACACCUUUGAACUUCAAGCAGGUAUGAGUUCUACAUUAUACUCACAAAUACAAAUUCCACCCGCAACGGCUUCUUUAAGAUAUGCCUAUAAGCUUCAGUGUAUUGGAACUAGAGGAGAUGAUUUUGAAAAUCAUACAGUGUCUAAUAAUAAUAAUAAUAAUAAUAAUAAUAAUAAUAAUAAUAAUAAAGAUGCUAUGGCUUCUCACAUGGAUGCUAUUUUUACGCAGGCUUUUGUGUUGGGACUUGAAGAGGUUUAUUCUUAUAUUAGGGCAUUAUCUCCCUCUGUAAACUACACAGCUUCGAUGCAACGUUUCUUUGAUUAUUCCAAACAGAUAGUUAGUGAAACUGUAGAAGAAUGGAAAAUGACACUAUCCUCUAUUCCUCCUCAAGUUGAAGAUUACCGAUUAUAUUCUUUCUUAUCUAGUGAGAGUUUAGCAGCUUUGGAGCAUAUACAUUCAUUAUACGUAGCAGUACUUCCUUCUGAAGAUAAUAUUGCAGUAGUGCCCAAACACCGUUCUUGGUGGCUUUUAGCGGUUUCCUAUUUACGCAUGGCUGAUAUUGAAGCUCAACUGCAGCAGGUGAUGGGUGUGCCGCUAACAUCUAUAGAAGAUAAUAGUCGUGUAUUUAAUUGUUGUGAACCUUCUGAGAGUGUACGAUGGUUGUAUUUGGAAGAACAGGAAGGUACCACCUGCAGUACGUGUGAUGAGUGGGUACAACUACGUUAUCAUAAGAAUAGAGAAAUGCAAAUAAAAUCUCAUCGCAUUACUAGUGCCGCAUGUACAUUACGAGAACGACUUAUUUCAGCUUCUUUACAAUUUCUUCUUGCUGCUCUCCGUGCAGUCAUCAUAUUAGAGGUGAAGGAAAAAACGGAAAAACGAUGGGAUAAUGUUGAGGAUUGUGACUACAAUAAUAACAGAAAUACUGCAAUGCAUAAUGAAACUUCUCAGUCAACAGCAUACAUUACGGCAUUUACUCGUUUUCUGCUCAUGAUGGAGCAUGUACAACCAGCAACUGUGGUACAUUGUUCAGAGAUGUGUACUCGAGCUGUUUCUGAGUGGAAGUCCACAUUGGGCAAUGGAGGUGAAAACACAGAUUAUAGAAUUACGGAAGCGGAUGUGAAUGCUGCUCAAACUUAUCAGUUGUCUGUGUCACUUUUCCUCCGUUAA